CUCUGCGCUUCGCAGUUUCCUCUCCUUGUUUUGCUUUCGAUCUGGACUGUUCUCAGGCAAGCUGGGGAGUAACUUUUAGUUUUGCUCCUGCGAUUAUUCAACUGACGGGCUUUCAUUUCCAUUUCACACACCCUAGCAACACUUAAACCUUGCGGGAUUGUAUUGGUAGUGUGAAAAAGCACACUGAGAGAAAGUGCUAGAUAAUAACUGCUGGCCGGCCGGGUCCGGAAGAGCUGUGAGGAGAUGUAAGAGCAUGUGCAUUCGUCGUUCUGACAUGUGAUGAGCGUUGCAGAAAGGACCGGAUUGUGCUUUUGAUGAUAACCAGGCCUGCCUUUGAGGUGCUUUCAUGUGUUCCUAAGAGCAAGUAAUGCACAGGGUACCAUGCCGGUGGAAAGGAUGCGGAUGCGCCCGUGGCUGGAGGAACAGAUAAACUCAAAUACGAUACCAGGGCUAAAGUGGCUUAACAAGGAAAAGAAGAUUUUCCAGAUCCCUUGGAUGCAUGCAGCUAGACAUGGGUGGGAUGUGGAAAAAGAUGCACCACUCUUUAGAAACUGGGCGAUCCAUACAGGAAAGCAUCAACCGGGAGUAGAUAAACCUGAUCCAAAAACAUGGAAGGCGAAUUUUCGAUGUGCCAUGAACUCCUUGCCUGACAUUGAGGAAGUCAAGGAUAAAAGUAUAAAGAAGGGAAACAAUGCAUUCAGAGUGUACCGGAUGUUGCCCUUAUCUGAGCGACCUUCUAAGAAAGGAAAGAAACCAAAGACCGAGAAAGAAGACAGAGUUAAGCACAUCAAGCAAGAACCAGUUGAGUCAUCUUUGGGGCUUAGUAAUGGAGUAAGUGAUCUUUCUCCUGAGUAUGCCGUCCUGACUUCAGCUAUAAAAAAUGAAGUGGAUAGUACGGUGAACAUCAUAGUUGUAGGACAGUCACAUCUGGACAGCAACAUCGACGAUCAAGAGAUUGUCACUAAUCCUCCGGACAUUUGCCAAGUUGUAGAGGUGACCACCGAGAGUGACGAGCAGCCGGUCAGCAUGAGUGAGCUCUACCCUCUGCAGAUUUCCCCCGUGUCUUCCUAUGCAGAAAGCGAAACUACCGAUAGUGUGCCCAGUGACGAAGAGAGCGUCGAGGGACGACCCCACUGGAGGAAGAGGAACAUUGAAGGCAAACAGUACCUCAGCAACAUGGGGACUCGAAGCACCUACCUGCUGCCCAGCAUGGCGACCUUCGUUACUUCCAACAAACCUGACCUCCAGGUCACCAUCAAAGAGGAGAGCUGUCCGGUGCCUUACAACAGCUCAUGGCCCACUUUACCAGACCUCCCCCUCCCUCCCUCCGUGACCCCAGCGCCCAGCAGCAGUCGGCCAGACCGGGAGACUCGGGCCAGCGUCAUCAAGAAAACAUCAGAUAUCACCCAGGCCCGAGUCAAGAGCUGUUAAGCCUUUGACUUCCCCUGGUGGUUGGGAUUUCUUGGCUUUGUUUUGUUGUUUGUUUGUAUUUUAUUUUUCUCUCUGACACCCAUUUUAGACAAAUCUAAGGGAAAAAGCCUUGACAAUAGAACAUUGAUUGCUGUGUCCAACUCCAGUACUGGAGCUUCUUUUUAACUCAGGACUCCAGCCCAUUGGUAGACGUGUAUCUCUAGAGCCUGCUGGAUCUCCCAGGGCUGCUCCCUCAAGUUCAAGGACGUCAUAGGACCAACACCCACACGGGCAGCGAGGUGCUGCAUUGCCUGCGGUCAAGGCCAGCAUGGUGGAGUGGAUGCCUCAGAACGGAUGAGAAAAUGUGAACUAGCUGGAAUUUUUUAUUCUUGUGAAUAUGUACAUAGGGCAGUACUAGCGACGUUGCAGUCUGCUUCUGCACCUUAUCUUAAAGCACUUACAGAUAGACCUUCUUCUUGUGAUCUUGCUCUAUUUCUCAACACAUUCAGCGGCCCCCCCUUCUGGGCCCUUUGUCCCGCCUCCCGGCCCAGCCCAUCCAGUUCAUUUCCUCCUUUUCCUCCCCGCAGAGGCUGUGUUCCACAUCCCUGAGGAGGAGAAGAAGAAAAUGAGCUUCUCCACAGAUGUCCCAUUUUUUUAAGACUGCUUUAAAAAAAAAAAAAGAAAAAAAGAAAAAGAAAAAGAAAAUCUAAUCUGCUGUGCUUGAAUGCCACGCGGUACAAAGGAAAACUAUCAUGGAGAUAUUAUGCAAAUUCCCAGAUUUGAAGACAAAAAUAUUCUAAUUCUAACCAGAGCAAGCUUUUUUAUUUUUUAUACAGGGGAAUAUUUUAUUCAAGGUAAAAUUCUAAAGAAAAUAUAAUUGUUUUUUAUCUUUUCUACAGCAAAUUUAUAAUUUUAAGAUUCCUUUUCUUGUUUAUCGGCAGUUGUUAUUACAUCCUUGUGGCACAUUUUUUUUUAAUUUUGUAAAGGUGAAAAAGCUUUUAUGAGCUCAUGUAGCAAUCAAAUUAUCCUGUGGAUUGAUAAUAAAUGAAUAUGAUAUAUAGUUAAAUUUUUAA